AUGAAGAUGUUGGUUUCCCUGUGUUUUUUACUUGUUGGAAUCCUUUCCAACAGUUACUGCUAUGAGCCUUAUCCACAAGGGGUGAGAAACCAGAACCCAAGAGCACAAGAAAACCAAAAUAUGCCAUGGCAGAAUGUAAGGAACAGUGUUUGUCGAUUUGCAUGUUGUUUCUACAAAGAUAUUUCUUCUCGUGAAAACAACGGAAACGUUUUCUUCUCUCCUUUGAGCAUCUCAACCGCCUUUGCAAUGCUGACUCUGGGUGCCAGAUCAGACACCCUGACACAGAUUCUUAGGGUCCUUUGCUUUAACCCUCGUCAGAUUUCUGAAAAUGAGAUACAUGAAGGUUAUCGUCAACUCAUGCAAGUGGUAAACAGAAGGAAUGCUGGGCUACAGUUGAAUAUGGGAAAUGUUCUGUUUGUGCUUGAUCGACUGAAGCCACAAGAAAGAUUUUUAAGUAAUCUCAGAAACUUCUAUGAAGGAGAAGCUUAUCCUAUGAACUUCAAGCAGGCUAGUCAAGCCCAGAUAAAGAUCAAUGAAUAUGUAGCAAGAAGAACGAAUGGAAAAAUCAGGGACCUCAUAAAUAACCUAGAUCCACUUACUGAAAUUCUCCUUAUUAGCUAUAUUUAUUUUAACGCUGAAUGGGAAAAACCUUUCGAUCCAAAAUACACCAAAAUGAGCAAAUUUUUUGUGGAUGGGACCAAGGUUGUUGAAGUCCCAAUGAUGUUUGGAAUGGGCCUGUUCAAGCAUGGCUAUGAUGAGCAGCUGUCUUCCACUGUGGUGCAAAUGGAUUACAAAGGAGGUGCUUCAGCGUUUUUUAUUCUGCCUGAUAGAGGAAGAAUGAGGAAGCUGGAGAAAAGAUUGUCUUGUGAACAUUUGUCAAGAUGGUCGACAUUAGUCACAAAAAGCUCAGUAAAUUUGUAUCUUCCAAAAUUCACGCUUUAUGGGACGUAUAACCUAAAAGAUAUCUUAUAUAAAAUGGGCAUCAUGGAUCUAUUCACUGAUAAGGCUGACCUCUCUGGGAUCACUGGGCAGCCUCAGCACAGAAUUUCCCAGGCUAUUCAUAAGGCUGUGGUAAAGGUGGAUGAGACUGGCACCGAAGCAGCAGCUGCCACAGGCAUGGAAAUAGUGCCCAUGUCCGUUCCAAUUACCGUUAGAUUCGACAGGCCCUUCCUAAUGGUCAUAAACAUGGAAAACACUAUACUCUUCAUGGGAAAAAUUGUGAACCCUCUGAAGAGAAAUUAA